UCAACGUUAUUGCUUUCUUCAAUUAUUUAUUUUAAAGUUUUUUCUUUGAUUUUCGUUGUUUAAUUACUUUUCCCACCAUGAGUUUUACUUUUCGGACCUCAUCGGAAGUAUCGGGUGGUACAGCAGCCUCCACAGAUUCCGAGUCAAGAAAUAGGAGCUCGUCUGUCUCGAUUUAUUACCAACCAAUGAUAAGGAAAAAGAAUGAGGAAAAUUCAGGACCAAAGGCCGUCAGCAAAAAGUCGCCCAAGAAAGAGGUAACAUCUUCAAAGAAAGCUACCAAAGUGGCUAAAACUUCUGGGAAAAGUCCGCGGAAAAUGUGGCAAGCUCGAGACACAUUUAAUACAAUCCCGAAGUGGGAAAAGUCCAGGGCAUCCUCUAGAGAACCAUCACGGAGAUGGAGCCAAAAAUUCUCUUUCCGUGAUCGUCUCUCUAGGAGUUCUCUCUUCGACUCUCCUUCGGAUCAGACGAGCUUGAUGACUAUGGCGUCGCAAGCAUCGAUUUUAUCUAGAGUAUCCACAAUUUCGCGUAGAUCAAGAUCGCCGAGAAAGAGAAGCAAUCAGCCAUCAUUAAAUAAGCCAGGAUUUUGGGGUCGCCAUCGCAUACAUCUUCUUAAAGCUGUGAAGCCAAAGGUCGAAGAAGUAGUAGAUAAAGUACUUGAUAAAAGUCCAGAUACAUCAGAAACGGAAAGGAUACAAAUAAAAUACAUCAAAUCAAGUGAUACAACUUCAAUACGAAUAAACACCAUAUCGGAUUCUGAUUCAAAGAGAGUCUUAACUAGUCUCAUAUCAGAUUAUGAAUCCGACAGAGAGUCUUCGGCGUCUGAACUAGACAUUCGAGUUGAGAAACAGGAAGACCGUGAACAAGUUAAAAGAAUUAAUUUUCUGAAUUUAUUUGGUCGCCUACCCGAUAUAAACAUGAUUUCGCCGACAUCAAGUAAGGAUAUUGUAGAUAUACCCGAGGAAGAAAAAAUAGUUGUAGCAGCCGUGGAUAAAAGGACCUAUAGACCAAGUAAAUCGGAAACUUCAAUGGACUUUGAAAAGGAAAAUGAGAACACUGAAAAUUUAUAUACACAAACAGUAACUUCAGAGAUCAGUUCCGAAGCUGCGGUCGAAAUCGAUGACGAAAUCGAAUCGGAGGAAGCGCCAGACGAAGCUGAAGUCGAGGACAUUCGUGAAUUUUUAUUAAGUAUCCGACCCAGGGCCACGAUUUUUGAUCAAAUUAUUUCGGGAAGGGAUUCUGAACUCCAUUUGGCCAACAAGAAUAUGGUUAAGCAAUUCCUUGCGGGUUUAAUGAACGAUGUGGUGCAGUAUGCUGAAAAUACUUCAGUUCGAAUGGGGCGAUUGUUGGACAAGGAGAAAAUGCUGGAGGAGCUGCAUCAACUGUCCGACGACUACCAAUACGAAAUGCAUCGCAAUCAGGCCCUGGAGAAGAUCACCACGGAGUACUAUGUUUGGCGCAAAGAGAUUGCCUCUGUGAGCAAACCGAAGCAUAUCGAUGUAAUCAAUAGCGAAAGGUUUAUGUCGGCUCUGGUGGAAUUGGAUGAUCGAUUGUACCAAAAGCAGAACAUUAAGAAGACGAGUUCCAAGCAAAUCUGUGAUUUAAAGGAGCAGCUGUCAGUUGCCCGCAACCAGGAUGCUCAGAAAAUAAGGCAUUUGGAAGAGAAAAUCAGGGAAUCUCUUUGCAAGGAAGGCUGGGAUCACUUAAACAUCGUCGUCGACGAAAUUCUCCAAAAUAUGAGCAAUGUUCGUGACGAUAUAUCCCAUUUGCGAGAGGAAUUGUUCUCCGUUCAGCACCGAUUGCAGGCCAUCAAAAAUAAAUCACAAAAAAUGGAAAAUCUGGGCAAUGGUCUGCACGUUAAUGAAUAUAUUUCCAAUCAAGCCCACAAUCAAUCGCUGGGAAUAAAGGUUGGAGAGAAAGACUUGGAGCUGAGGCGACUGCGUGAUCGCACGACUUACGCCAUUCAUGCGAUGACCCAUUGGACGAACAAGAAAAUGAUGAACGAGGAGCUGCUGGAGAACAUGAAGUCCAAGCUGCAAACGCAGGAGGAGCGGAAGAAGGACCUCAGGGAUCGCCUUCAUGUUGAAAUGGUGCGGCACAAGGAACUGAAAAGACAGGAUAAAAAACUGAGAACUGCCGGCUGUCUGAUGCACUAUCCGGACAUGUUGCGCGAUUACGAUGCCACCGUGAAGUUUCUGAAAACCAAGCGAAAGGUGGUAAGACAGCUCCGUUUGGAACACAAACGCCUGGAACAGAGGAAUUUGGAGAUGGAUAACAAUAUCCGCUUAACUUCGGUACUCAGGACUAAACUGAGCUUUGUCUCAGGCUCGUUUGGACCGAACAGCAAGAAGUUUGUCUGAGUGCGAAGUUAAGCUUUUGAAUAUCAGAAAGUUAAAAAAAAGUUUUUAUAUA